AUGAACCGCCAGGAUUUUAAAGACAAAGGCUUGGAGCGGUCGGAACAGUGGAGAAAUGAAGCGAGAACCCAAUUCGAGUUUGUAUUGGAGAAGGAUCAACCGGGGAUUCGAAGUCAUGCGAUGCGACAAUUCUGGAGGCAGAGACAGGCCAACGCAAAGGAGGGCUCAAGCGACGCGUCCCCCAGCAGUCGCCCUCUCUAUCCUCGCAUCUUAUCUCCGAAUGAUGGCACCCAGGACCAUAACCAGUUUGAGGGACUGAAGGUGUUUUUACAGCAGAUGUCAGCUCUCCAGUCAAAGGAACAGAGAGCAGAGUCAGCAAGCACCGACGAAAGCAGAACGGAGACCUCGGGUAUCCCAGCCCAAAUCCUGGCAGGAGUCCGUCAUGCCUUUGAAUUUGUCAGUGGCGAUCCUUAUGAUCAAUUUCCGGUCACUUUGACGAUGGCGCAUCGCAAAUUAAUAUAUCACUGGUUGAGCACACACACUGGUGCAACAUCCAGUGUGCAUCCGACCUUUGAUCCGGUCAGAGAAGUGUGGCUACCAUUGGACUUCUCAAACACGGCUUCUUUCCACGUCACCAUGGCUCAUGCAGCGGCCCAUUUAGCAUACCUCCACGGAGAGCUCGCCUCCCCCGAGGCCCUACAUUAUAAAACUGAUGCGAUCAGCGUCAUCACAAAAUGGCUGGAUGACCCCCUGCAAUCUCUGAGAAACGAGACACUUGUUUCCGUAGUACGACUGCUGAUGUUUGAGAAAUACUGGGGAAUAGACGGUCAAUGGGAAGUCCAUCGAGAUGGACUACAACGGUUAGUCCACGCACGAGGCGGUCUUUCUGCGCUGCGAGAGGAUUGGCGUGUGGAGCUCGCUGUAUUUGUUGCUUCCCUCAUUGCCGGACCUUCAUCCUACCAGUCAUCUACGCAUGCGUGGGAGUUGUCGGAGUAUUUGACUCCAACUACUCUGCAUCCAACUGUACAAUCGACGGUUGACCGCCAUCGACCAAGAGCCAUCGAGAGCCUCCGGGUAUACCCUGCAGUAUAUGAUGCAACAAUCCUGUUGUACAACACUUUCCAACAGCCCUCGGAGCAUGGCUUGCCAUCGGCAAACGCCAGUGUGUCUGGCCAGUGGUUGAAGUGCCUGGUAUUUCUCAGCGUCCUCUUCCAGGAAUCAGUUUAUUCUUCCCUAUCGGCAUUGGUCCGCGACUUGGGUAUUGAAUAUACAUUCACGAACAAGUUGCCCGCACUAGAUGAAUCAUUGGAGAUAUCGCGGCAUCGUUGGGGAGGAGAUAUCGAGGGUCUUUAUUCGCACCUUUUUGGUGACUUCUGCCAUCACAGUGACCUGCAACGAUCCCCGGAGAUGGACUUUAUCAUACGCUUCUCAGACGGCUUAGAACAGCUCAGUGAAAACGCACGCGGAACCAUUCGACUAUGUCUCCUGGGUAUGCUUCUAGAAGGAUCAUCACCAAGCUAA